AUGAAAGCGUCAUUGACAUUGCUGGUGACUGUGUUGACCGUGAUAAGCGCAGUUAAUGGCGUUGGUCUUUCAGAUGGUGAUAUAAUUCUUAUUGAUAAUUUCAUCGAGUCGAUUCAACAUUGCGAACACAUCCCCGGACUAAUUCUCUCCGUAGUCGACACAGGUCAGACAUUGAUCACUAAAGGUUACGGAGUACGUAGUUUAGAAACUCGUGAACCAGCCACAGAAGAUACUAUAUUUGCACUGGCGUCCAUGACCAAGGCGUUUACGUCCUCAAUAUUGGCAGAUAUUCUAAGUAAGAGGCCGGAGUUAUCGUGGGAUACCCCUGUACGGGAAAUACUGGGUGCGGAUUUCAGCAUGAUUGACGACUACAGAACACAGACAAUGACGCUGAGAGAUGUGAUGAGUUUUAAAAGUGGAAUUGAAGACAAUUCUUUUUUUACGGUCGCAUUAGCUAUGAAUGAAACCAGGGAACAGCUAGCAAUGAGACGUCUAAAGUAUUUUGAAGAACAGUACCCAUUUCGAACGAUAUUCCUCUACAGUAACACCAUGUAUAUAUUGGCGGGAUACAUCGCUGAAACACUAACAGGGAAAACUUGGGAAGAGCUAGUGCAGGAGACUUUAUUCGCACCUUUGGGAAUGACGUCAUCUGGAUUCGCCGUGGAUAUGAGUGACGAUCCCCGCGUAGCGGAUUCCUACGCCCUCAACGUCACAAGUGGAAAAGCGCAAAAAGUAGACAAGAAUUCAUUCAAACAAACGUUUAUGGCAGCGCCAGCGGGCGCUGUAAUGUCUAACGCCAUCGAUAUGACAAAAUGGCUGAACUUUCAACUCACAUUUGGCAAGAACUCGUCCGGUUCUCAAAUAGUUGACAUGCUGACACUGGCACAGACACAUACCGGAAAUUUCCCACUGGCUGGUUCCAGCGCACAGCUAACGCCACCUUUCCCUGUUACCAAUAUCUUGUUUACAUAUGCGAUGGGGUGGAUGAACGGAGUCUCCUCAGAUAUAUACAGAGAUUACCACAACGGAUGGCUGUCAGGAUUCAACACAGCCGUAAGUCUGGAACCAACCAUCGGACUUGGAAUAUUCACAGCUAUUAACGGCCCACAUACCAUUAACGCUAUGCUGCGUAUUAAUCUCAUUCACGACUAUAUCACUGACUUGUAUCUGGAUAAAACACCAUGGUUGACAAAUGAUACGGCGUGUACAUAUCCAUCACCAUGGAUACCAACGACUUCAAAUGCUGACCAUCCCGAAUCUCCUCUGAUCACCGACGAGGGCGUCGACAUAGCGAUCGCAACUGAGUCAACUCUUUCUUUAGUCGAGUACACAGGAGAGUACGGAAAUAAUGCAUUUGGCAACGUCACGAUAUACCUGAAAGAAGGUGACGAGAAACUAUACUACUCCUACGGGCUUCUUGGCCAGGGUGUCUUGACACCGACUGUCAAUCCACAUACAUUCCUGGCGCCUGUUGAAAGCGAAGUCUGGUACUUAUUCCAGUACAGUAUAUACAUGGUUUUCGCUAGUUCUAAAAAUAGCGGUGUCAUCGACCAAGUCUCGUGGCCUGUCGUGUCGUCUUUAGUUCCAGCUCCACUGUUUCACAGAGACCUUAAGUACGGAGAGAAAGUGUCAGUUUCGUCUUCGUCGUGUCUUCGUUAUGAAGUGUUCACGCUUUUCGUUGUUGUUUUACUGAUAGCACUGGUUGUAAUUCUGAUUAGUGACUUUUAG